CGUUGUGUUGGAAGCUGAGGACUAGAGAAGCUGAGAGACGGGUGUGGUUUAGAGUGACAGCUAGGCCCUCGUCCCGGAGUGACGAAGGUUAAGACGAGCCGACUGGACAGACUGAGGGGUCGUGCCUGAGGUUCGGAGGUUGGAUCUGCGCGGAGGGAUUUCUACCCAUAGAUAUCCCAAAUGGAUCCUGGUGGUCAGGACCUGCUAGCUUUGGAUCCUGGUGAUCAGGACCUGCUGGGCUUCCUGCUAGAGGAAAGCGGAGAUUUGUGGGCUGCGACUGAGCCGGACGUGGAGGCUCCGCUGGACUUGGAGCUGUCACCUUCCGAGAACUCCGUGCAAGAACUGAGCGACUGGGAGGUAGAGGAUUUACUGAGUUCUCUGCUCAGCCCCUCAGCAUCGCGGGAUGUUCUCAGCUCUUCCAGCUCUUCCAUUCUCCAUGAUCACAACUACUCCCUUCCACAGGAGCAUGUCUCCAUAGAUCUAGACACUGAGAGCUUCGAAAAGGAGGGGUUCCACAUGACUCCACUGCAUGGGGAGGAAACAGCAGCAGAGCAGAUGUCUAGGCUGAUACUGACGGAGGAAGAGAAGAUGCUUUUGGAGAAGGAGGGGCUCACUCUGCCCUCAACCCUUCCUCUCACUAAGGUGGAGGAACAAGUUCUAAAACGAGUACGGAGGAAGAUUCGUAACAAGAGAGCAGCUCAAGAAAGCCGCAAGAAGAAGAAGGUGUAUGUAGUGGGGCUGGAGAGCAGGGUCUUGAAAUACACAGCUCAGAAUCAGGAGCUACAGAACAAGGUGCAGCGUCUGGAGGAACAGAAUCUGUCCCUUCUAGAUCAACUGAGGAAGCUUCAGGCCAUGGUGAUCGAGAUAGCCAACAAAACCAGCAGCGGCAGCACUUGUGUCCUGGUCCUCGUGUUCUCCUUCUGUCUUCUCCUGGUACCUACUAUGUACUCUUCUGAUGCAAGGGGAAGUGUGCCCGCGGAGUAUGUUGUGUUGCACCGCAAGCUUCGUGCCCUCCCCAGCGAGGACCAUCAUCAGCCGAAGCCGUCUGCCAUAGAGCACAUGGACAGCACACACCAGUCGCUGGAUAGCUCAGAACAUACGUUCUUGGUCUCCAGCAACUUUUCCUGUGUACUGUAUCACGUGCCUCAGGCGGAGCAGCCCUUGCACCGGCCACGCCGUGAUCUUUCUUCAGAGAUGCUCUUCUCAGACUCCAGCCUUCUCCUGCAGGCAAAUCUUUCAGAAAGCGGGGGAUGGCAACCUAACCACAGCCCUUCUUUGGUCAUCUUGCAGGGCAGGUAUUCAGGUUAGGUGUGAGGAUAUGGGGAGUCCUCUGCCUGAGGAUAUGGGGUGUCCUCUGCCUGAGGACUCCUGUCUGUAUUCAAAUAAAAAGGAGCAGGGGAGAGCUGGCCUUUGCUCAUGUGCUCUGUUAGGAUGCCCAGGAACUCAAACGCACCACACUAACUAGCUUUCUGAGUAUUUUAUUUA